AAUUGAUAAGAUGUGGUCAUUGUACUUGCUGUUUUGAUUUUUAAUUAAAAUAAAGUGAUAACAAAGGGAUUAUUUUCGGAAACACAUUAGACCUUAUGAAAAUAUUACAACACCCGAAUUAAAAAUGUUGGGAGGAGUUAAGCUCAAAGUGGUAUUUACGCACGAAAAAACUUGCUUUGCUUAUAUCAGUCCAAAGUACAGUACAAAUAAUGAACAGACCCAAUGUGUCCAAGUCCUGUGCAGGGACAAACAGGUCCUGUUAUGGGUGGUGUUCCACAGUGGUGUUCCAGAAGGUCACAUAGCUUGCAAUCCAAUAUACAGCCGGAUGGUGGGGUUAGAGGAGGGGGUUGAAGCCUUUGUGUCUCCAUAUUCUGACCUGAAGGUGUUAGAUGAGCUAUAUGUGGAGACUGAUAGUCCUGAUGAUCAGGAGAUAUUGGAGCACAAUGUAGAACUAUUACAAAUGCGCAUAUUAGAUCAGCUGCGCCUUGUAGUGUCCAAUCAGAAGGCAGUAGUUUGGAUAUCAGCUUCACUGCCCGUAGUUUUUACACCCAAACAGACGGGCAUUCUAGUCAAUCAUAGCCAAAUUAUUGUUAAAAUGGAUGCUUUCAAUAGCCUUCACAACUACCCAGCGUUACCAGUCACUGCACCAAAAGAAAAUGAAGAGUUUAAGAACAUAGGUGCUAUAAACAAAGGCAUGCUAGCCCCCUACUUAAAUGCACCAGCAAAAUUAGUUCUCAGAGCUGUUCCGAUAGACAGUGAUGGUAAAAAGAACUUGAUACAUCCAUAUACAGUAUUCAUUCAUGAGGAUAUUAUAGAGGAGAAAUAUAAGAAUCUAACAAUAAUUCUAUCUACAAUGUCUAGUAUACCUUCUAUUUUAAGCAAUGAUGAUGAUACUGAGAAUAAUAAUGUGCCCAUAAAUGAUGUUGGUGUGGAGAUAGUACCAAUAGACUCCGUGAUCUACAGGAGUUUGUGCCGAGAAGUGCACAACAGAAACAUACCAACGGUACUUAUACCAAAGGCUUUAAAUGCUAUAAUAAAUGUUGAAAAUGGCAUGAGAGUCAUCUUCAGUAUAAUCGGAGACAGUGUAGAACAGCCUGAUCACAUUGAUAUAGUCACUUAUUCAGACCAACAACAAUCAGAAAUGGAUAUUGUAGAGAAAUUCAAGAACUGUGUCAUUAGCAGUACACAUUCCGGCAAAAAGUUCCUUAUAAAUAAUGGUUUAAUUAAACAGAAUAAUGAAAUCUGUAGUGGGUUCUUACAAUUUAAAUUAAAACCUGAGAAAAUGAAGUUCACAAUGCUGAAUUCUGAAUCUUUUAGAGCUUGCAGCAUAGCAGCCAAAUGUCUAAGUGAUACGGACAUGGCCUUACCAAAAGCGUUAAUUUCAAAGUUAGAUUAUGACUAUAAAUAUUACUGUAGAACUAUGAAAUCUAUGGAGGACUUAGUCCAAAAGGUUUUGGCACAUUUAAACUUUGAAAUACAUAGAGAAGCGACUUUUAAAGGAGCUUCGGAGAUUAAGAGUAAUGUUUUAGUUACCGGACUAAGUGGCACAGGAAAAUCCUCUUUUUGCCAGAUAAUUCAGAAAGAGCUAACAGUUUGGACUCAUAUUCUUCACUGCCGGUCUCUGAGAGGUCGUAAGGACGUGUCUGAGGUCCUUGGUAAAGCAAUCCUGAUGUGCCAGGAACAUAGUCCAUCAGUUCUAAUCUGUGAUGAUGUUGAUGCACUGGUUCCACCGAAUGUGGAAGGUGCUUCUCCUCAGGAUAUUGCUUAUUAUCAGAGGUUAGCUGUGGUGAUAAAGCACCUGCUACAGACGUGUACAGGUGUGUGCGUGUUGAUGACGGCGCUCAGUACCAAGGACCUGCAUCCCACGCUGCGACAGUUCAGUGGGAAGCCACUGUUCACUGCUCAAUUUGAUAUUCCCGACUUGGAGAAGAGCGAAAGAAUGGAGUUGUUCAAGCAUUUGCUAACGGAUAAGAUUCGCCAAGAGUUUGAAAUUGAGGACGAUGACGUCAUCAAGCUGGCCAUGGACACUGCCGGCAGUAGCGUCAGAGAAAUCAAUGACUAUCUCAACAAGAAGAUAUUUAAAGCUGUUAAGAAGAAAAAAUCGAACCCAGAAGUGCCCAAGCCUCGUUUGGUGGAAGAUAUCACAAAGGACGAAGAGAAAGCCAACGAGUUUGAUAUCUGGGGUCCAGUAGGAGGACUGGAGGAGGUCAAACAAGAACUAACAGAGUGCAUAUUCUGGCCUAUCAUGUACCCAGCCCUCUUCCCCUCUCAAUCAUGCGGUAUCCUCCUCUACGGGCCCCCUGGUACUGGCAAGUCCCAUAUCGGUUCGUGCCUCGCUCGCCUCGCCAACAUGAACAUGAUCACCGUCAAGGGACCAGAACUGCUCUCCAAGUAUAUUGGACAGAGUGAGAAGGCUGUUCGGGAUAUAUUUGACAAGGCGGACAUGAAGAGACCGUGUAUAUUGUUCUUCGACGAAUUCGACAGUCUCGCGCCCAAACGAGGUCACGACUCGACAGGAGUGACAGACAGGGUAGUGAACCAGUUAUUAUCUCGCCUGGACGGCGCGGAGGGAGGGGCGCGGGGCCCCGUGCUGGCCGCCACGUCGCGGCCCGACCUGGUGGACCCCGCGCUGCUGAGGGCGGGCCGGUUGCAGAGACAUGUGUAUUGUGCCCUGCCUGAUAAGCAAGGUCGCUACGAAGUUCUCCGAACGUUAACGAAAAAUGUCCAAGUGGACGACGCGGUGGACCUGCAGGAGCUGGCGGACCGGACCGACGGGUACUCUCCCGCAGACCUCAAGUCCAUACUAGUCACUGCUCAGCUUACGAGGUUGGAGAACCAACUGGCGACAAACGAAGAGAAAUCGAUGGACUCGGUGGUGGUGUACAAGGAGGAUAUAGAGAGUGCCUUAGAGGAGACCAAGCCUUCGCUCUCUAUGCAACAGAGACUGUUCUACGAUAUGAUAUACAAAAGGUUUCGAGGUGAGAGUUUGACUCCGGAACAGAAGAUGUUAUCAAGUUUUCAGGGGAAACAGAGAGUAACUUUAGCUUAAUCUACAACACUUGUUUACACACCACAUUUUUAACUUGCUUUUUAGAAUGCCAAGCACUAAUAACUAUCGCAUUCGUAACGUAAUAUUAUGUGAUUGAGUAUCGGGUCUUUUCGUCAACUCUAUCGCAAAGCCUGAAGACAAAAGUCUUCAACGAGACCGUCCUUCCAGUAAUGACAUACGGAGCCGAGACGUGGACA